AAUUUUUUUGGCUUCAUGAGAAUUGAUGGGCUGAUGAAUGCCGAAUCUUCAACAAGCGAGCCGAUUUCCGAACACUUCAUAAGAACGAAACUCGAACCCCACCUGUUCACGACGAGUCCUUAGAGACAAGUAUCUCUCAAAAGGCUACAUCGGCACUACAAACCCACUUUUGGGCGAAUUAUCCGCCCAGGCAGAGACGCGUUACAAUGUCCAAGGCACGCGCCGCCGCCGGAGGCGCAGACCAAAUCGUUAAGCUCCUCGUCGGAGCCGGCCAGGCGAGCCCCAGUCCUCCCGUCGGUCCAGCACUGGGAAGCAAAGGUGUCAAAUCAAUGGACUUUUGCAAGGAAUUCAACGCCAGGACGGCACAUAUCAUCACGGGCACCCCAACGCCUGUGCGCGUCGUCGUCCGACCAGACCGAACCUUUUCUUUUGAUAUCCGGACACCUCAGACCUCAUGGUUGCUGCUCAACGCCGCUGAUGCUCCAAUGGGGCGCAAGGGCAAGAGGAAGGGAACCGGUUUGGCAGGGAAAGAGACUGUAGGCACAGUCAGCCUCAAACACAUCUAUGAGAUUGCCAAAAUCAAGCAGACGGAGAUGAGGUUAUCAGGCCAUUCGCUAGAAGGCCUUUGCAAGUCCAUCAUAUAUCAGUGCAAGUCUAUUGGCGUAGAGGUUAAGCCUUGAGAUCUGGCGCUUUUAUGCGGCUUGACAGGAUAGCUAUUUUGCUGGGCCAAUUUUGUAUUAUAUUGUAACAAUUUGGCUAAUUGUCACCAUUAUUCCAUUUCACACAUGGUUCUCUUCUGGGCUCCAUUGUAUCAUGUGUACAAUUUGUUCUGAAUUCGGAUCGUUGGAAACCAUGUAUUUAAGGUACUCUAGUCAGUGAGACGGUAUGGACGCCAUCAAGGCGGUAGCUGUUGACGGAAAGGUUUUUUUAUAUACUGUAUUUUAUUUAUGUAAAAAAAAAAAAAAAAAAAUCCUUGUCUCCAGGUUGUACGAG